GUGAGUGAGUGAGUGAGACAGUGUGUGUGACAGAGAGAGUGUGAGAGGGGCAGCACCAGACCCUGCACCACAGUCAGGCAGGGAGAGAGGGAAUGAAGAGAAAACUCAAGGAGAUCUCUCCGCAAGGUGCUGAGCAGGAGGUAAUUGAAGAGGAAGAUGAAGAGGACAAAGAAGAAGAGAGGAAAUCUCAAAAGAAGAGAAAAGAGAAGCAGACGCCAGAUGCCGGAGUGAUAACAGUUGUUAAGAUGAACAAGAAGGAUCUGUACAAGCCACCGACCAAUGAAGAACUCAAUGAGCUGAAGGAGACUGAGAGCCUCUUCCACUCCAAUCUGUUGCGGAUGCAGAUUGAGGAACUUCUGAAAGAAGUGAAAUUGAAAGAAAAGAAACGCAAGGCCAUUGAUGACUUCCUCCACAAAGUGAACAGACUUCUUGCCAACAUCCCAGAAACACAGCAAGUUGAUAUAACGGACCAGUCGUGGCUUCCUGAAGGGGUUAAAGUUCCAUUCCUUCAAGUACCGUACAACGUCAAAGGAAAGUUCCGCUUUCUGCCUCCCGCCUCUGCAAAGGUCGUUGGAAGCUACUUGCUUGGAACUUGCAUCAAACCGGAGAUCAAUGUGGAUAUUGCCAUCACGAUACCGGCUGAAACUCUACAAGAGAAGGACAACCUGAACCAGCGCUACUUCAGGAAGCGAGCGCUCUACUUGGCUCACAUCGCCCAUCACCUGUCCGGGAAUGAGCUCUUUGAAUGGGUGAAGUUUGGCUACUUCAACAGCAACCACCUGAAACCUGUCCUGCUCCUGCAACCGCGAGGUAAUGAUGAGAAGCUGGUGACGGUCAGACUUCACGCCUGCGCUCCUGUUGGUUUCUUCAAACUGAGCCGCUUCCAUCCCAGCAAAAAUCAUGUUCGUACUGCCUGGUUCCUCGAGCAGCCUGCCCAGGAAGGAAGUGGCGAGCCUCCUACGCCUCACUACAAUAACUCGGUUCUGUCUGAUCUGGUGAUGGAGCAGCAUCUUCACUUCCUCUGUAGCUCUGCCACCGAUUUCCAAGGGAUGAAGGACGGCAUCGCCAUUUUGAAAGUCUGGCUGCACCAGAGAGAGCUGAGCAAGGGCUAUGGCUGCUUCAGUGGGUUUCUUGUGUCCAUGUUGGUGUCGUACCUGCUCUCAAGGCGUAAACUCAACAAGAUGAUGAGCUGCUGCCAGGUGCUUCGCAAUUGUCUCCAAUUCUUGGCUGCAACAGACCUGACUCAGAAUGGAAUCAAUUUUUCCUUGACCAGUGAUGUGUCAGCGCCAUCGCUUGCAGACUUUCACCAGGCCUUCGAAGUGGUUUUCGUGGAUCCUUCCGGCUUUGUAAAUCUCUGCGCUGACAUGACAGCCAACAAAUACAAAGAGGUUCAACAUGAAGCUAAAAGAUCUCUGGAGAUUAUAGAUGACAAAACCAUGGACGGGUUUGAAGCGCUGUUGCUAACACCGAAGCCCCUUCUUCGAACAUUCGACCACGUCUUUCAUCUGAGCAGCCCAGUCAAGUUGCAGGGAGGCUGCCAAAAGCUGAAGCUGCUGAACGAGUUGAUAGACCGCGGCGGAAACUAUGUGGCUGCCAUCAUGCCUCACCUCCUGUCACUCUUAUCCCGGGGCCUGGGGCAGAGGACUCACCUUCUCGCUCACGCUCUUCCACAGAUGCACGAAUGGCCAAUAACUGCGGAGCCUCCGAAGCACAAAGACAUUGGACAUCUGUCGUUUGGACUUUUACUGAACCCUGAGUUUUCUACCAAUAUUCUGGAGAAGGGACCCCAGGCAGACAGCCCUGAGGCCGCAGAAUUCAGGAAUUUCUGGGGAGAGAGGUCGGAGCUGAGACGUUUCCAGGAUGGCUCCAUCUGCGAGGCCGUCCUGUGGAAGGGUGACAACGCGUGCGACCGGCGUCUAAUCCCAGAGCAAAUCAUCGCUCACCUCCUUCAGCUACAUGCAGAUCUUCCAGCAUCUUCACUCUGCUAUGUUGGUGGUCUAUUGGAUUCUGUCAUCAAGAUGGGAAAAGAGCCGGCAGGGUCUGGAGAGGAGGAGAACGUCCGGGUGGUAAAGUCGUACGACGACCUGAGUCGAAAGCUCUGGAACCUUAAUGGACUUCCUCUGACAAUCACUUCGGUCCAAGGCACACAUCCUGUAUUCCGAUACACAGAUGUUUUCCCUGCGUUGCCGAUAAAACCGGAUAUUUCUUUCUACGUAAAGGAUAAGAAGAGUAAUUGCUUGCUCCCUUCUGUUGACAAGCCAUGUCCUGCAUAUGUCCCGGCACUGAAAGUUAUAUGUCAUAUGGAAGGAAGUGGAAAAUGGCCUCAGGAGAAAGAUGCUCUAAAACGGAUCAAAGCAGCAUUUCACAUCAGACUGUCUGAGCUGCUUCAUCAACAGCAUCACCUAACCUGCCAACCUUCAGUCACUCACCUUGAUGUGUAUAAGGAUGGUUAUGUUUUCCGAGUGCAAGUGGCCUACCACAGGGAGCCUGUCGUUCUGAAGGAAAUCCGAACGCCGGAAGGUUUAUUGAAGAGUCAGGACACCAAGGAGUCCCUGCAGCUGGAGCUGGAAACCAUUCAUCUCCCGUAUCUGACCAGCACACUGCACGGGCUACAGCAGCAGCAUUCUGCCUACAGCGGAACCUGCAGGCUUGCCAAACGGUGGAUCAGCGCCCAGCUGCUCAGCGAUGACAUCGGUGAGGAGAGCAUCGACCUCCUUUCGGCCCACCUCUUUCUGCAGCCGGCCCCUCACUCACCACCUGCAUGUCCUCAAGUGGGCUUCCUUCGGUUUCUAAAUCUCUUGUCGACGUUCGAUUGGAAGAAUAACCCGCUCAUUGUGAACCUGAAUUAUGACCUAAAAGAAACAAAAUUGGUUAUUCUCAUUAUGAUCAGCAUUUUCUCCUGA